GAGCGGGUCGCUCCAAGGAAAACAAUUUAGUUUUGGCAGCGUUGAAGCCUGGCAUCGCCAUCGUCGUGAGUUGCCCUUCCUAAGCCUCAAUCAAUCUGCUGCUUUGUUGAUCACCAAUACUUGUGUCGCGGUUCAUUGGCUUCACACAGAGAAGUCUAGUGAGACGAUCCAGCGAAUUCAUCGGGCCGGUUAUCACUCUCAAAACACGACUCCACGUGUACCUGUUGCACAAUCAUCCGUACAAGAUGCCACAGUCAGGCCGAUCAGGUCACGGGGGUGUGAACCAGUUGGGAGGGGUGUUCGUGAAUGGGCGACCCCUACCAGACGUCGUCCGACAGAGAAUCGUAGAUUUGGCGCAUAGUGGCGUUCGACCAUGUGAUAUAUCACGUCAAUUACGCGUGUCGCACGGCUGUGUGAGUAAGAUCCUCGGCAGGUAUUACGAGACGGGCUCCAUCAAACCAGGUGUAAUCGGAGGUAGCAAGCCCAAAGUGGCUACACCGAAAGUAGUUGACAAAAUUGCCGAUUACAAACGCCAAAAUCCGACAAUGUUCGCUUGGGAGAUCCGCGAUCGUCUACUGGCUGAGGCAGUGUGUGAUAACGAGAAUGUACCGAGCGUCAGUUCCAUCAAUAGAAUCGUCAGAAACAAGAUGGCGGAGAAAGCAACACAACAAGAACGAUUAAACGGGAGCGCCAGUUCCCCAAUCACCACUGCGUCGUCCCCACCGACCACAAUAACUGUUACUACUGACAACGAUAGGUGUUCAUAUUCGAUAAACGGUAUACUGGGAAUUCCUGGAAAAGCCGGUACAGAGAAACGUAAAAGAGACUCGCAGUCAGAUCACCACGAGAGCCAAGCAAAUGGCGUCAUCAGUUCACCGGCGAUGGAGAACGACUCGAGAAAACGCAGUAGACCGACAUACACGUCGGAACAAAUUGAGGCGCUAGAAAAAGCUUUUGAUAGAUCGCACUUUCCUGAGUCGGCUUCUACCGGCAAUUACCAUGACGAUAUGAUAGUGAAAAAUGCAUAUGGAAGAGAUGACGUAAUACAGAAAAACGAGCAAUCUGCCAACCAAGGAUAUCAGACACUCUCACCUUUGGCUCCUGUUUCUAUGAUACAAGACGUGAAACCAUCCAUUGAUCGAAUGGUCCACUCGCCGCCGCAACAACCAAUCCCAUCGCCAUAUCAAACAGGAUCAUGUAUUGGUGGAAAUCCAUCCCCGCAAUCAAAUCUCAAGAUGGAAGCUACUACUUCCGGUCCUACAACAUUAACUGUGUUACAACCUGUGGCGUCCAAUAACAACAUGUCAGGAUACAUGACAGAUAGGCCAUCGUUGCCACAGUUACCACCCGCCAAUCCACCCAGUGGAUUUCAAGUUGGACAGUACUCAGGUCAAUCACGUGAUAUGAGCGGCAUUCACGGGUAUCCGCCAGCAGCGGCAGCACAGAGCAGUUACCCAUCAAGUACGAUGUCUGGACUUGUGCCACCUUUAGUUCUACCACAUGCAUCAGCUUCAUAUUCAGCCAGGGAACCAACUGACUACUCAACGCAAUUCUCGUCUGUUCCGUAUACGCAUGCGCAGUAUUCUUCGAUGUCCAGCAUGUCGAGUCACUACAGUGAUGCCUGGUCGCGAUAUGGAUCGACAGGACUUCUCAGUGAGUGUCAAACAUAUAGACACAUAGAUAGGCAGUCACACAGAUAGAACUUGUUCAUGAUCGCAUGGUGAAGAUAUGACUCAGCAAUAAAUGCCUGGAUUUAUUUUAAUUUGCUGCACUGAACAAUCAUUGCAAGUUAAUUGGAUAUUAUGGGAUGGAUUUUAUCACUCUGCUGUUGUAAUCCGGGCAUAAUACACCACGGUUCACGUGACCACGGGGCCACGGUAUAGUCAAGAUAAGAGCAACUCGAGAGAUGCCUUAGUGCUAAAAAUGAACUCUCAAUUUAUGUAGUUUUUACACAAACUCAAAAGCAGUGAUCUUGCCGUUAUAAGGUAGCUUGAAUCAGUGCCAUUAAAUCCAUGUCGUUGCCAUGGAAACUGCCAAUGUAUAUUAUCCCACCCGAUUUAUUACUGUUCUUUUUUAACAGUUGCAACGAAAUUAUUGUUCGAUUUUGAGCUUUUUGUUUCAAUUAUUAUAUUCUUCAUUAUGGUAAUAAUUAUUCAGUUUUUUAUUCCCAGCUUACUUUACUCUAAUUUUAUACAGUUAUUUUAUUUUUAUGUUGUUGAAAACAUUACCUCACGAAUUAUUCGGUCUGGAUUUGUUAACAAAACUUGAUACUGAAAUCAUGACGCCACUGCCAAGUAGCAAAAUAUUUAAGAUGUACUUAAUGAAAGUUGCAGUCGUGAAGUCAAAUAACAAACAAUCACACGAUGUGCCCAUACCAUAUCGUUUCCCGCCAAAAUAUGUUUUCAGAUUAACGCACUAUUUUGAACAAUGUUGUUAUAUUUUUGAGCAAGACUUGAAUAUAUUCGGCUGUUGUAACACCUCUCAGCGAGCAUAUGUUGGAAAGCUGCAUUCCUCGGAAGUAUACGUCAGAAGAGAGUGACCAAGCUGUCUGGAUGCUCCUGUGUACCGUCAGAGAAUGGUUUGUUGACGACAAAUAUGUCAUUCAUCAGCAAACAAAAGCAUGAAUAUAUUAUAGAAUCAUUAAAUUCGUGUAUUCAAUUGUUUCCAAAGUCUGUUUUGAACAGUCUAUUAUUUGUCUGUAUUGUACAUCGCAACUGUGCGAAUGGCACGUGAUCUCAUUUUUUUGCCUAAUAUUGUGUUGAUUUUGUAAUAUUUGGAAUAUGAGAAAUGGCUGUGAUGUGCAGUACAUAUAUAUUAUAUGAUUCUUUGAUAGUUCCGAUUAUUUGAACUGCAAAUCAUUUAGCAUAUUUUUGGAUUCACAAAAAAUAAACAACAUGGAUUGGUGUCUUAACAACAGCACAGUGCAAUAACCCAAGGUGCAGUUCGGUGCAAUAGCGCCGUGAACAAAUGAGUCAACGUUUGUAUUGGCUGAACACAAACUAGAAUGAAUAUGAGUGCUGUGACGUCAUUGUCUAUUUAUAAAAAAAAGGGUACUACUUAAUAUUGUGGACUGAAACGCUCUUUAAUUAUGGUUUAUGUCAUUGUUUUCGGACAUUAACGACAUGCAAAUAAAUUGGCGCGAAGCUUAGAAUGCUCUGUGCUCAAUGUUCGGUCUUAUAAGCAGUAUAAGUAAUAAAAGCUGAAAUUAAAUUAAAUUAUGAUAAAAACUAAUCUUUAAUAUAAUCGGAUUUAGCAAUGAAGUACAUAUGUAUUUAGUAACAAUCAUCUUAGAAAUUGGAGAUUUUGUGAGGUUUAUUUUUGGCGGGAAAUUUAUUAUCUGUGCAGUGACAAUUCUAUCAAUCUGCGUUUCCAUUUACCGCUGAACCGUAACGCUCUGCUUUCCUGCCAACAUGAAUUGACGAUCGUUUACUCGUCAACAAUCUAACAGCUGAACUGCACCAAUGCCGUUGCCUGGCCAUAAGUAUUAUUAUUGACCAAUAAUUAUAAACAUUUUUAUAUCUAUGCAAAUGAUCUUAUACGUCAUUCCCACUAAUAUCCUUACCUUCGACCUUCUGGUUUAAAAUAAAUAUAUAUAUAUGUAUGUACACAUUCUUUAAUUCGAACCACCGUUACUGUUUUGUUCAAGCCGGAUCAAACAAAAUAACUGUUGUACACUUUUAAAGGAAAUCAAGAAAUAACUUUUAAAAAUAAAGUUCGUUUGU